ACCUAAAAAUCUUGUUCCAAACUCCUCUAACGAUCGAUCUGACUUGUUAAAGCAUCGAGAUGCUCUACACUCCAGCUGCCCCAGCCAGCCAGCCACCGGCGGAAGAUUGCAAGGAAACCAUGGCAGCCUCCCCUCCGCCGCCGAGCAAGAAGCUGCGCGUCCUUCUCAUCCCCUUCUUCACCACCAGCCACAUCGGCCCCUUCGCGGACCUCGCCUUCCACCUCGCCGCGGCCCGGCCGGGCGCCGUCGAGGCCACCGUCGCCGUCACCCCGGCGAACGUCCCUGUCCUCCGGUCGGCGCUCGCCCGGCGCGGCCCCGGCCCCGACGGCGCCGCCCCGGUCCAGAUCGCGACGUACGCGUUCCCGCCCGUGGACGGCCUCCCGCCGGAGGUGGAGAACCACUCCGCCGCCAGCGCCGCGGACGCGCAGCGCAUCGACGACGCCGCCGGCGACGAGCAGCUGAUGCGGCCGCGGCACGAGGGCCUCAUCAGGGGCCACUCGCCCGACGCCGUCGUCUCCGACCUGCACUUCUACUGGAACGCCGACAUCGCCGCCGCCACCGGCGUGCCGUGCGUCACGUUCCACGUCAUAGGGGUGUUCCCGAUGCUGGCCCAGUUCUGCUUGACGGGUGCGGAGGCCGCCGGCGGGGCGGUGACUCUUCCCGAGUUUCUGGCCGGACCGGACACACGGAUCCCGGUCACCGAGCUGCCGGAGGUGGUGAGGAACCAGCGGCCGGAGGACAGCGCCAGGGGAGCCCGAGCAAGCUCAGCGCACAACGGGGGCUUCGGGCUCGUCGUCAACUCUUUCUUCGAUUUGGAGAACAAGUAUUGCGACAUGUACGCGAGCCACAUGAAACGCGCCUACUUCGUCGGGCCCUUGUCGCUGCCGCCGCCACCGUCGCCGCCGGCCGCCGGCGACGGCGACGACGGCUCCGGCUGCAUCGACUGGUUGGAUAGGAAGCCGGCCGGGUCGGUCGUGUACCUGUGCUUCGGCAGCUUGACACACAUGUCCGAGGCUCAGCUCCGCGAGCUCGCCCUCGGGUUGGAAGCCUCCGGGAAGCCGUUCCUGUGGGUGGUCAGGUCGGCGGCGGCGGCGUCGGCGCUGCCGGAGGGGUGGAAGGAGCGUGUCGGGGACAGAGGGAUGGCCGUCACGGGGUGGGCCCCGCAGACGGCGAUCCUCGCGCACCCGGCGGUGGGGGCGUUCGUGACGCACUGCGGGUGGAACUCGGUGCUGGAGACCGCCGCGGCCGGCGUGCCGGUGCUGACGUGGCCGAUGGUGUUCGAGCAGUUCCUCACCGAGAGGUUCGUGACGCGGGUGCUGGGGAUCGGCGAGCGCCUGUGGCCGGAGGGCGCCGGGGUGAGGAGCACGAGGUACGAAGAGCACGAGCUGGUCCCGAGCGAGGCGGUGGCGCGAGCGGUGGCCGGGUUCAUGGAGCCCGGAGGGGCGGGGGAGGCCGCGAGGAGCAGGGUCAAGGAGCUCGCCGCCAAGGCUCACGCGGCCAUGGCGGAAGGUGGGUCCUCGCACGGCGACCUGCGCCGCCUGAUUGAUGAUCUCAUCCAAGAAAGAACGGCUGGCGCAGGGACGACGCCAUAGUCUGAUGCCCUGAUCGGUUCUAGCUCAUGAUGAAGCAAGCGUGUCUCUUUUUUUUUUUUAAGAAUAAGCGUGUCGCAUUUAUCUGUCUGUUUUCGGUUUGGAUUUUCCACUGUUUGGUUAGUAAGCUCCAGUACACCUGAGCUUCAAGAUCUUAUUUUCAGAAUAAGAUGACGUAUUUCACCUCUUCCCAUGGUUGGAAAUAGCCCGCUAUAGUCUCGCUAUAGCCCGCUAAUAGUUUUUUAGGAGAUCUACCGCUACGCUAUACAAUAUUUGUUCGCUAUAUCCGCUAAAGGAGAUUUUAUGAGAUUUAGCCAUGCUAAAUGUCCGCUAAAUAGGUUUUUGUGAGACUUAGCAGCGCUAAAUGUCAAUUGGGUACUGUUGGGUAGUUAAGAGACGUGUUAAGACU